CCUCAGGACCAAACAAACAUGGGAACCACAGGACUCCAAUCCACAUUAUGGCUCAUCUACCUGGUGCUGCUGGUCAACACACUCCCUCAGACUGUAACCAUCAUUCCAUCUCUACAGACACUGAGCCUGGGAUCAGCUAAUGCAGAUCACAUCGGCCAAGUGUGCACAACUUGGGGACACUAUCACUGGAAGACCUUUGAUGGAAAUUUCUUCCACCUGCCUUCCACCUGUAACCAUGUCGUGGCCUCCCAGUGUAAGAACAGCUUUGAAAAUUUUAACAUCCAGAUGAGGCGCAAGAUAGUCAACGACAUCCCCACCAUUAGCAACAUCAUCAUGAAGCUGGAUAGUUCUGUGGUGGAGCUCUCCAACAGCUCAGUGAUUGUCAAUGACCAGACGGUGUCUUUGCCAUUUGUCACACUCGGGUUGAGUAUCAAGGGGACCACAUCUAGUAUCUCUGUCGAAGCUAAGCUGGGAAUUAGAGUUAUCUGGAACCUGGACGACUCCCUGGAUGUUGAAAUAGAUAACAAAUACCAGAACCAGACAUGUGGACUUUGUGGAAACUUUGACGGUGUUUCCAAUGAUUUCAUGAAAGAUGGAGUUUCGCUCUCUCUACUGGACUAUGCUGAUACCUGGAAGGUGGACGGGCCAACAGAGACUUGUGAGGAGACUUUGCUUAACCCAGUCUUGAGCUGUGGCGAUAAGCAAUCCUGUGACCAGAUCUUCUCAAGUGAUUCAUUUAGUAGUUGCCAAAACCUUCUGGAUGUGGAAUCCUUCAGUAAAGUCUGUAUGGCUGAUAUGUGCAACUCUGAAGAAAACAUCGACUCUGCCCUCUGCAAAACCAUCGCAGAGUACUCCAGAGAGUGUAUCCAUGCAGGUGGCCAGCCUCAACCAUGGAGGAAUGCAACGUUUUGCUAUAUGAAAUGUCCAUACAACAUGAAGUUCAUGGAGUAUAGCAGUUCAUGUACUGACAGCUGCUCCACCCCUCAGUCCAGCCAGACAUGUGACAGUCACUACAGUGAUGGCUGCCGCUGCCCUGCCGGAACGGUCUUUGAUGACAUCAGUAACACUGGCUGUAUCACAGUGGAUCAGUGUCCAUGUCUGCACAACAACAAUGUCUACAAGUCAGGAGAGUCCUACUCUUACACUUGUGGAUCAUGUUUUUGUGAGAGUGGCCAGUGGACAUGUACGGAGGAGAACUGUCCAGGAACCUGCUCUGUGAAGGGAGGAGCCCACAUCAACACCUUCGAUGGAAAAGUCUACACCUUCCAUGGGGACUGCUCCUACGUGCUGGCUAAGCACGAUAAUGGCUCCUUAUACACUGUGCUAGUGGAUCUGGUCAAGUGCGGUCUGGCUGACAGUAGGACCUGCCUCAGAGCUGUAACUCUGGGUUUAUACAGUAAUUCUGUGGUUGUUAAAAUUCAGGCAUCCGGGCAGGUCUAUGUGAACCAGAUUCUUUCUCAGCUUCCACUGUUUACACCGGAACUGAGUGCCUUCAGUCCAUCAUCCUUCUACAUCCUCAUAAGCCUAAAGAUGGGCAUUCAAGUGAUGGUCCAACUGUCCCCCAUGAUGCAGGUCUUCAUCUCAGCUCACCCUUCACUCAAAGGAACCACCUCUGGUUUGUGUGGAAACUUCAACGACAUAAUGAGUGAUGACUUCAGGGUGAUUAGUGGGCUGGUGGAGGGCACUGCUGCAGCGUUCGCCAACACAUGGAAAACUAGAGCCAGCUGCCCCGACAUUACAACACACUUUGGACACCCCUGUCGCCAAAGUAUCAGCCAGGAGAGUUAUGCCGAGUACUGGUGCUCUAAACUAGCGGAUCCCAAGGGAGUGUUUGCUCCUUGCCACUCUGUCAUUAGCCCCAACAUUUACAAAGAUUGUGUCCAUGCCCACUGUAUCUCCUCACAGAACUGCAUGUAUGACACCUGUAACUGUGAGACAAGUGAGGACUGUAUGUGUGCUGCAGUCUCCUCCUAUGUCUAUGCCUGUGCAGCUGCAGGAAUCCAGCUCACCGGCUGGAGGGCGACCAUCUGUGGCAAAUUCAGUACAUCAUGUCCAGCAGAGACAGUGUAUGACUAUAACAUGACCUGCUGCAGUCGUACCUGCCGUUCUCUCAACCAGGCUGACUACUCCUGCCAGACCAACUUCACCACAGUGGACGGCUGUGGCUGUGCCGAGGGAACCUACAUGAACGAGGCGGGGCAGUGUGUGUCCAGCGAAAGCUGUGCCUGCUACGAUAAAGACAACAUUAUUCCUCCUGGACAGGCUGUCAGCAAAGAUGGCUUCACAUGUGUCUGCAGACAAGGUGUUCUCAGCUGUUCAGGAGGGGCAGAACUACUAAUAUCCUCACCAUCAUGUGUUGCCCCCAUGGUUUACUUUGACUGCUCCACUGCUCAACCUGGGACCACUGGGACUGAGUGUCAGAAGAGCUGCAGCACCCUGGACAUGGCUUGUAUCAGUACAGGCUGUACAUCUGGCUGCAUGUGCCCUGAUGGCCUUGUGUCAGAUGGAGCAGGAGGCUGUAUCAACGAGACCAGCUGUCCAUGUCUGCACAAUGGACAGGUCUAUCAGCCUGGGCAGACACUGAGUGUCGACUGCAAUACAUGCUACUGUAAUGAAAGGAAGUUCACAUGUACCACCAAUGUGUGUGAUGCAGUUUGUGGGAUUUAUGGCGACGGUCACUACGUCACAUUUGAUGACAAGAGGUUUGACUUCAAUGGAGAGUGUGAAUACACACUCCUACAGGACUACUGUGGCACCGGUCAGAGCAAUGGAAGCUUCAGAAUUAUCACUGAAAAUGUUCCCUGUGGAACCACAGGAACCACCUGCUCCAAGACCAUCAAGAUCUUCCUGGAGGAUAAUGAAUUCCAACUUAAAGAUGAGAACUUCCAAGUGGUAAAGAGCAGCAGCCAGAUGAUCAAUGCCCAGGUACACAAGAUGGGUAUUUACCUGGUGGUGAUGAUCAACCCGGGACUUGUGCUCAUGUGGGACCAGAAGACCAGUCUUUUCAUUAAACUCAGCCCGCAGUUCCAGGGUCAAGUCUGUGGCCUGUGUGGAAACUACGAUGGCAACAGUAAGAAUGACUACACCACACGCUCCCAGGUGACAGUGGCAGACGUUCUAGAAUUUGGUAACAGUUGGAAGAGUUCAUCCGACUGCCCAAAUGCCCAACUACUCACUGAUCCCUGUGCCUCUAACCGCUACCGGGCAGCCUGGUCCCAGAAACAGUGUAGCAUCAUCACCAGUGUCACCUUCCAGAGCUGUCAUCCAAAGGUUGACCCUGGUCCAUACUUUGACUCUUGUGUGAGAGACUCUUGUGCUUGUGACACCGGUGGGGACUGUGAGUGUCUCUGUACUGCUGUCGCUGCAUAUGCCAAAGCUUGUAAUGAAGCUGGGGCCUGCAUUAAAUGGAGAACUCCAAAGCUGUGCCCUAUUUUCUGCGACUUUUAUAACUCCCCUGGUGACUGUGAGUGGCACUACAAGCCUUGUGGAGCUGACUGCAUGAAGACAUGUAGGAAUCCAUCAGGAAACUGUUCCAACCUCAUUACUGCCCUGGAAGGCUGCUAUCCACAGUGUCCCCCAACCCAGCCCUACUUUGAUGAAGACACCAUGAAGUGCGCUGCCUGGGACCAAUGUGGCUGCUAUGAUGACAUAAACACCCAUUACAGCAUUGGAGAAAAGGUUCCAUCGAACAACUGUUACACUUGCUCCUGUACAGUCUCUGGAAUAAGAUGCAACUACAAUGUAAACUCUUGCACAUGCUUCAUUAAUGGAAAAACCUACAUAUAUGGGGCAACAAUCUACAACACCACAGACGGACUAGGAAACUGCAUCACAGCUGAGUGCGGGGCCAAUGGGACCAUAACCAGAAGUAUGUACCCGUGCCUAACUACUACUACAGCAAGUCCUACAACUACCCCUUUUGCAUUCAGCACAGUUGGAAAGACAACUUCAGUUGUUGUUACUACGUCAUUGGCAAAAACCACAUUGGGAACCACAUCCACACCUAAACAAACAACAACAACGGGAAAGGUUGAGACAACAACACCACCAAAAGUCACCACUGGCCCAGUAACAAGCUCUACCACAGCUGUUGUUGAAACUACGACCUCAGUGCCAGGUGUUACAACAAGCCCUGAAACAACAGUCGUAACAUCAAAACCUUCUGUUGUUACCACAACUAUUGAAGUACCGUCACCAACAACUACAGAAACAACAACCAAAUCUGUAGAGACAACAGAAUCAGAAAUCACAACAGCAAAGAUUGUGACAACAAAACCACCUACAGAAGUCACCACUGGCCCAGUAACAAGCUCUACCACAGCUCUUAUUGAAACUACCACCUCCGUGCCACGUGUCACAACAACAAGCCCUGAAACAACAGUCGUAACAUCAAAACCUUCUGUUGUUACCACAACUAUUGAAGUACCGUCACCAACAACUACAGAAACCACAACCAAAUCUGUAGAGACAACAACCUCAGAAAAGACAACAGCAAAGAUUGUGACAACAAAACCACCUACAGAAGUCACCACUGGCCCAGUAACAAGCUCUACCACAGCUGUUGUUGAAACUACCACCUCCGUGCCGGGUGUCACAACAACAAGCCCUGAAACAACAGUCGUAACAACAAAACCUUCUGUUGUUACCACAACUUUUGAAGUACCGUCACCAACAACUACAGAAACCACAACCAAAUCUGUAGAGACAACAGAAUCAGAAAUCACAACAGCAAAGAUUGCGACAACAAAACCACCUAAAGAAGUCACCACUGGCCCAGUAACAAGCUCUACCACAGCUCUUAUUGAAACUACCACCUCCGUGCCACGUGUCACAACAACAAGCCCUGAAACAACAGUCGUAACAUCAAAACCUUCUGUUGUUACCACAACUAUUGAAGUACCGUCACCAACAACUACAGAAACCACAACCAAAUCUGUAGAGACAACAACCUCAGAAAAGACAACAGCAAAGAUUGUGACAACAAAACCACCUACAGAAGUCACCACUGGCCCAGUAACAAGCUCUACCACAGCUGUUGUUGAAACUACCACCUCCGUGCCGGGUGUCACAACAACAAGCCCUGAAACAACAGUCGUAACAACAAAACCUUCUGUUGUUACCACAACUAUUGAAGUACCGUCACCAACAACUACAGAAACAACAACCAAAUCUGUAGAGACAACAGAAUCAGAAAUCACAACAGCAAAGAUUGCAACAACAAAACCACCUAAAGAAGUCACCACUGGCCCAGUAACAAGCUCUACCACAGCUGUUGUUGAAACUACCACCUCCGUGCCAGGUGUCACAACAACAAGCCCUGAAACAACAGUCGUAACAUCAAAACCUUCUGUUGUUACCACAACUAUUGAAGUACCGUCACCAACAACUACAGAAACCACAACCAAAUCUGUAGAGACAACAGAAUCAGAAAUCACAACAGCAAAGAUUGCGACAACAAAACCACCUAAAGAAGUCACCACUGGCCCAGUAACAAGCUCUACCACAGCUGUUGUUGAAACUACCACCUCCGUGCCAGGUGUCACAACAACAAGCCCUGAAACAACAGUCGUAACAUCAAAACCUUCUGUUGUUACCACAACUAUUGAAGUACCGUCACCAACAACUACAGAAACAACAACCAAAUCUUUAGAGACAACAGAAUCAGAAAUCACAACAGCAAAGAUUGCGACAACAAAACCACCUAAAGAAGUCACCACUGGCCCAGUAACAAGCUCUACCACAGCUGUUGUUGAAACUACCACCUCCGUGCCGGGUGUCACAACAACAAGCCCUGAAACAACAGUCGUAACAACAAAACCUUCUGUUGUUACCACAACUAUUGAAGUACCGUCACCAACAACUACAGAAACAACAACCAAAUCUGUAGAGACAACAGAAUCAGAAAUCACAACAGCAAAGAUUGCAACAACAAAACCACCUAAAGAAGUCACCACUGGCCCAGUAACAAGCUCUACCACAGCUGUUGUUGAAACUACCACCUCUGUGCCAGGUGUCACAACAACAAGCCCUGAAACAACAGUCGUAACAUCAAAACCUUCUGUUGUUACCACAACUAUUGAAGUACCAUCACCAACAACUACAGAAACCACAACCAAAUCUGUAGAGACAACAGAAUCAGAAACCACAACAGCAAAGAUUGUGACAACAAAACCACCUAAAGAAGUCACCACUGGCCCAGUAACAAGCUCUACCACAGCUGUUGUUGAAACUACCACCUCCGUGCCAGGUGUCACAACAACGAGCCCUGAAACAACAGUCGUAACAUCAAAACCUUCUGUUGUUACCACAACUAUUGAAGUACCGUCACCAACAACUACAGAAACCACAACCAAAUCUGUAGAGACAACAGAAUCAGAAAUCACAACACCAAAGAUUGCGACAACAAAACCACCUAAAGAAGUCACCACUGGCCCAGUAACAAGCUCUACCACAGCUGUUGUUGAAACUACCACCUCCGUGCCAGGUGUCACAACAACAAGCCCUGAAACAACAGUCGUAACAUCAAAACCUUCUGUUGUUACCACAACUAUUGAAGUACCGUCACCAACAACUACAGAAACCACAACCAAAUCUGUAGAGACAACAGAAUCAGAAAGACAACAGAAUCAGAAAUCACAACAGCAAAGAUUGCGACAACAAAACCACCUAAAGAAGUCACCACUGGCCCAGUAACAAGCUCUACCACAGCUGUUGUUGAAACUACCACCUCCGUGCCAAGUGUCACAACAACAAGCCCUGAAAUAACAGUCGUAACAUCAAAACCUUCUGUUGUUACCACAACUAUUGAAGUACCGUCACCAACAACUACAGAAACAACAA